AUGUCUGCUCAGCUACCUUUGAGACCUUCUAGUAAGGCUCUUGUUCCUUCUAGUCAACCAGUUCCUCCUUUGGAAUUAGUCACCCGUUAUCACCCUGCUGAAUUAGUCAAUCGUUAUCAAGUUCUUAGUAAUAUUCCUAAACCUAGUUAUACCUCUGCUUUGGUCACUGAUCCAUUUACAUCUUCCUCUCAGUCAGUUACUCCUUACCCUCCUAACCCUAUUAAAUCUGCUCGUUUUGAUUAUGCAACUCCAAUACUGACAGCACCACUGGAAAAGGAGACUAGCUUGACAGACAGUCUAGUGAGAAGACCCUCAUCCUCUUCUGCUUUAGUAAAUUCGAUGGUGCUGCUGGAGCUCUUCUCAAUGUACCGUGAUUGGCAGGAGGCAAAAAUCCAGACGAUUAGUAAGAAACAGGAAGAGGUAGAAAACAAGAUAGAAGUUGCAGAUGCUUUGACAGUUAAACUUCUUCAGCGUUUUAAUUAUUCAGUCUCGACAAUGAAGACUACUUCGCAUUAUCUAUCAGAAGUUCAUGCAUUGCAGGUUGAUCUUGGGGAGCUGAAGGGAAGGUUGACUAAGGUUAUUAGCAACUGUGAGUCAUUAUGCAAGAGAAUCAUUGCCGAGGGACCCGAAUCACUGAGAUCAUCUGUCAAGCCAUUUUCAGUGACCUCAGCAGACCUUGAAACCAGCUGUCGCUCCCAUGGAAAGAGCGUUAAAUAGAAGCCUGUCUACCAUGGAAUCCAAGUUAGAUUGACUUGCGCAUUUACUUUUUGUUGUAAAUUUUCCAAGUAUUUGACAAUCAUGGUUGUAGAAAUUGAGGUUACACCCUCGGGGCCUGACUAGUGCAGUUUGAUCAUGCUCCUCUGAUUAGCACCUGGUUUUGUCAUGGUCAGAAAAGAAAAAUAGAGCACUUGUACACCAAUCUCCCUUUUGUAUCCUACCCAUUGUUCAUAAUUCAAUAAAACCUGUGUUUGUGCCAUCGUUUCACA